AUGUCGAGCCUGGCGCUGGAGGAGGAGGCCGAGGGCAGCGCAGACGAUGCCGAGUACGAGGUGCGCCGCCUUGCGCAAGGCGAGGACCUCGUCAUCGACGGCGAGACCGCCAUCGACGACAUGCUCGUGGCGCAGAGGAUAGCCGAGCAGGAGUCCUUCCUGCACGCGCAGACAUUCGUCGAAGACGGAGAUGGCGCCGACAACGGCGUUCCGACCCCUGCACGACCAGCGCCGAGCAGCGCCGACAUGGAGAAGCUGCUGCGGCUGCUGGAGCAGACCAACAAGCUCACCACGAAGCUGGGGCAGCUGCCGAGCCAGUUCGACGGCGUGGUCGGCGAGGAGGCCUACGUCGCCGAUCCUGGGCCCCGGAUCGUCCUGCAGCCAGGAGCUCCCAUCUCGCAGGAGCUCCCAUGUGAAGUACGAGAACGCACUGACCUCCCUGUAGACGCUCGAGCGCGACCGCGUGCGGCCAGCCUGGUGUGGCAAGGCGCCCUCAAGCUCUUCAAGGCCGCCGGCCAGGUUCUCCAGAAGUGGGCAAUCCAGUCUCCGCACUUCAAGGAGGACCUCGAAAACCUGAACAAUGAGCUCGAUGUCGACCCUGACGCCGCCGUGCGGAUUCAGGACCUUAAGGAGAUGAUGUUUGAGGACUCCGCAAAGGCCCUGGCUGAGCACUGGGCCACCAUCGGCAAGGCGCAUGAGGUCUCUGAGGGCAGGUUUGAGGCACUGGGUAGUUUUGGCGUCGAGGGCGUGACCACGUCAUUGGCCUUGACUCGAGCAUCGCUAUUGCGAGUGACUUGGAGGGGCUUCGAGGUUCUGGGCCGUGUCUUUCUGACAUCGCGGCUGCCUUCCCGAGGCCCGUCGGCAUCGCUGGCCCUGUGCUGCGCGCAGCUCCACGGCCUGGUGCACCCUCCAUCGGUGCUCGCUCUGCGCACGGAGUACACGUGUCUCCAGGGGCUGGAAAAAGUUGCCCGGGAUGAAAAGCUGGUCCUGGGCGGAGGUGUGGGGUGCAGCGUCAGGGAGGCGAGCCCCGAGUGCUACCUCAGCACGCUGUCCAUUGUGAGCACUCUGGACUCGUAG